ACACCUUCACCGCCUUGGAUCGAUUUGACGCCGUGGCAACUAUGAUUAAGAGAGCUCUUAGCAAUCAUAUCAAAGUCAUUUAUGAGGAUCAACAGUUGUUAUUAUUGAGUUCACUCAUUGAAGUCAAACAUAUUCUCCAAGAACUCAAGAAUUUCAGUAAAGUCUCCUUCACCCGUCCAUACUCAAGGGAGACUACAAAAGGUGCAUUCGAUCAUACAUUUGCAUAUUCAUUUUUGCACGCACCGCACGAGGUAAAACUCGAAUUAUUAUAUUCCACUUUAAGUUAUUGUUUUUACAUUUGCCUAUACUAUAUUUAGGAUUGUGUAAGGAUCCUUUUAUCCUAAAAAGAGUUAGGUGUCUCUCCACUAUAAAACGGGAUUGUAAGAGGUGCCUUUCUACCUUGAAGGAGAUUGUAAGGAUACUCUUGUCCUAAACAAGAUUCUGUAAAGGUUUUCCUCCCUACCUACUAUACUGAAAGGGAGAGAGCUAGUGGAAUACCUUACAAGUGGAACUUGUAGGGAGUAGACUAGACUCAAGUUAACUACUAUAAACCUUGGUGUUGUGUGAUUGUGUCUAUCUUAUUAUUCCGCAAGUUUUAAUUUACAAUCACAUUUGGGAACCAUUAAUCGAAAAGGCUUAAAUCUCACUAGCAUAACCUAUUCACCCCCUAUAGGUUAUUUCACGAAGGGCCUACCCUUAGUUAGGUGCACUUAAGCUAAGGUCGAGUAAAACCUGACUAAAGGGCCAACCCUCGAUUUUAUGUCAGGCCAAAGUCGAGCACACCUGACUGAAGGGCUAACCAUCGGUUGGGGGCUCAGGCCAAGGCCAAACACACCGGACCGAAGGGCCUACCCUAGGUUGGGAACUCAGCUACGACUGAUUACACCUGAUCGAAGGACAUAUUCUCAGCUCAGGCCAAGGCCGAGCACACUUGAUCGAAGGGCCUACACUCGGUUGGAGCUUAAGUGAAAGUCAAACAUAUGUGAUCGAAGGGCUUUUCGUAGGUUAGGGGCUUAAGCCAAAGCUGAGCAAACCUGACAGAAGGGCCUACCUUCGAUUGGGGGCUUUGGCCAAGGCCAAGCAGACCUGAUCGAAGGGCUUACCCUCAGUUGGGGGCUUUAGCCAAGGCUGAGUCCACCUGACCGAGGGGCCUACCCUCAAUUGGGGCCUCAGGCUAGGGCUAAGGAGACCUAAUCGAGGGGUCUACACUCGAUUGGGGGCUCAGGCAUAGCCGAGCACACCUGAUGAAAGGGCUUACUCUCGGUUGGAACUCAGGAUAAGUGCGAGCAUAGAUGACCAAGGGGCUUUGCAGUUAAAAGCACUACUGUAUGAAGUUGGAUGCAGAUGAGACUUAUUUGCACCAAAGACUAUAGAAAUGCAGAUAAGUUUUGCCUAUGCCUUCUAUUUGUUUCCGUGUAUUAUUCAAGUUGAUGACCUUAAAAGUAAAUCUUUAGUUAAUGAUUUUAUGCUCCACAUUUUAUUAACUGGUCUAUCUCCUUUUUUAUCAUUUACACAUUUUUUGUGGUAUUAAUGUAUGAAGGAACUGUUAGGUCUGGGAAGCGUCUGGGGAAUCCUCACUGUUUAAAUUUGACAAUAGGACUUCUAAUCUAAAAAGCAACACCGAAGGGCUUACCCUUGGUUAGGAGCUCAGGCCAAGGCCAUGUAAACCAGACCGAACGGGGUUACUCUCAGUUUGGGGUCAGGCCAAGGCCAAACACACCUGACCGAAGGGCUACUCUUAGGGGCUUUGGCCAAGGACUAACACACCAGAUCGAUGGGCCGACCCUCGAUUGGGAGCUCAGGCCAAGGCCAAACAGACUAAUCGAAGUGCCAACCUUUGGUUUGGAGUUGAAUCCAAGGCCAAGCACACCUAACAGAAGGUAUUACCCUCCUUUAGGAGCUCAGGCCAAGGUCGAGCAGACUUGACCAAAGGGCCAACCCUCGGUUGGGGAGCUCAGGCCAAGGCUGAGCACACCUACGCAAAGGGCAUAACCUCGAUUAGAAGCUCAAGCUAAAGCCGAGCAUAGCUGACUAAAGGGCCUUACCUCGUUUGGGGGAUGAGGCUAAAGACAAACAUCCUUAUUAAAGGGUUUAGCCUUGGUUGGGGGCUUAGGACUAAGUUGAGCACACCUGACCAAAGUGCUUACCCUCAAUUGGGAGUUCAAACUUUGGCCGAGCACACCUGAUUGAAGGGCCUACCCUCGGUUGGGGGCUCUGGCCAAGGCCUAGUACACCUGGCCGAGGGGCAUACCCUGGAUUAAGGGCUCAAGCCAUGGUCGAGCACUCUUGAUCGAGGGGUUUACACUCGAUUGGGGAUCAUGCCAAGGUUGAGCACACCUGAAGAAUAGGUUUAUCCUCGGUUGGGUGCUCAGGCCAAGUGCGAGCAUAGAUGAUGAAAGGGCCCUGCCUCUGUUGGGGGCUCAGGUCGAAGUCGAGCAUAGUUGACCAAAGUGCCCGCACUUAGUUGGGAGUUCAAGCCUAGGCCGAGCACAACUUACCAAAGGGCCUACCCUCGGUUAGGUGCACUCAAGCUAAGUACGAACAAACUUGACCAAAGGGCUUACCCUCGAUUUGGGGUCAGGACAAAGUUGAGCACACUUGACCGAAGGGCCUACCCUCAGUUGGGGGCUUUGGCCAAGGCCGAGUACACCUGAUCGAGGGGCAUACCCUUCAUUGGGGGCUCAAGCCAGGGUAGAGGAGACCUGAUCGAUGGGUCUACACUUGAUUGGGGGCUCAGGCAUGGCCGAGCACACCUGAUGAAAGGGAUUACCCUCGGUUGGAACUCAGGAUAAGUGCAAGUAUAGAUGACCAAGGGGCCUUGCCUUUAUUGGGUGCUCAGGUCAAAGUCGAGGUCAGCUGACUAAAGUGCUUUCCCUUAGUUGAGUUCAAGCCUAGGCCAUGCACAACUGACCGGAGGGCCUAUCCUCAGCCAGGAGCUCAGGCUAUGGUCGAGCUAACCUGACCAAGGGGCCAACUCUUGGUUUUAGGUUAGGCUAAACCCGAACUCACCUGAUCGAAGAGCCUACCCUAGGUAAGUGUCUCAGGCUAAGGCCGAACAAACCAGACCAAGGGGCCUACCCUUGGUUUGGAGCUCAACCAUGGCUGAUUACACCCAACUAAAGGGCGUACUCUCGGUUAGGAGCUCAGGCCAAAGCAGUGCACACCUGAACGAAGGGCCUACACUCAGUUGGGAGCUUAAGCCAAAGUCGAACAUACAAGAUCGAAGGGCCUUCCAUCGGUUGGGGGUUCUAGCCAAGGCCGAGCAAACCUGACUUAAGGGCCUACCUUCGAUUGGGGGUUCUAGCCAAGGCCGAGCAAACCUGACUUAAGGGCCUACCUUCGAUUGGGGGCUCGGGCCAAAGCCGAACACACCUGAACAAAGGCUUACCCUCAGUUGGGAGCUCAAGCUCAAGCUGACCAAACCUGAAAGAAGGGUCUUCCCUCGGUUGGGAGCUCAGGCCAAGCUGAGCACCCUACCCACUGCAUGUUAAUUGUCUAAUUUUGACAGUAGGGCUUCUAAUCUGAAAAAGGAUACCAAAGAGAAAAAGGAGGGGACCAAGGGGAAUACAAAGUGAAUGACAACAUUCAGUUUUGUUUGAUUACUAGCACUCAGCUUGUAACGCAAGUUGUCCUUCACUAACGUCUUGAUUUCAGAAAAUUUAUUGAUAGUUUUGUUUUUCAAUUGUGCAGGAACUUGACUUGGGUAAUGCAAGGUAAGAUUUACGUAACAGAUUUCUCUCCUAGAAACGAAGUUAUCUUAUUUAUACUAGUUCUCCAAAUAUGUAUUUAUGUAGUUUGGUUUUGUUUGUUUGCUACUAAAAGCACUCCUGUAUGAACGUGGAUUAGAUGAGCCUUGCAUGCAACAAAGAUUGUAUAAUUACAGCUAAGUUAUGCCUACGUCAUCUAUUUGUUUUCGAGUAUCAUUCACGGUAUGCCAUUAGAAAUAAAUCCUCAUUUGCAGGAGAAAUUGAAAAGGAGAAUUUAUCGAAAUACUAGUGCCAAAGUGUUCUAGCAUGUCCAUUUGAUAAAAAAAAAUUUGCUGCACAUUUUCUGUACCGAUUUGUCUCCUUCCUUUAUCACUUACACUUUGUUUUGUGGUUUUACUCAUGGAGGAAAUCUCUUGGUGGGGGAAAGCAUCAGGGGCCUCUUCAAUCUUUAAAUCAUUGAAGUGAAGGACAACUUUCACUCUUUUUUGAUAAUUAGUGCUCAACAUGUACUGCAAGUUUAGUUUCAUUCACUGUUUUGAUUUACAAGAAACAAGUUAUUGGUUUUAGAAAAAAUUUUGAUAGUUUUUUUCCAAUUGUGCAGGAACUUGACUUGGGUAAUGACAAGGUAAGAUUUCUGUAACAGAUUUCUUGCUUAAACCAGUUCCCCAAAUAUAUAAGUUGCUAAUUAUUCCCCACCCCUCCCCUCGAAAUAGUUUUGCUUUAUUCAUUUCAUUUGCAACUAAAAGCACUACUGUAUGAACUUGGAUGCAGAUGAGACUUACUUGCACCAAAGAUUAUAGAAAUGCAGAUAAGUUUUGCUAAUGUCUUCUAUUUGUUUCCGUGUAUCAUUGAAGUUGAUGACCUUAAAAAUAAAUCCUUAUUUGAUGAUUUAUUUGCUCCACGUUUUAUUGAUUGGUCUAUCUCCUUCCUUCUUUAUCAUUUACACCUUUUUUUUGUGGUAUUAAUAUAUGAAGGAACUGUUAGGUCUGGGAAAGCGUCUGGGGACUCCUCACUGUUUAAAUUUGACAAGAGAACUUCUAAUCUAAAAUGCAACACCGAAGGGCCUACCCUCAGUUAGGAGCUCUGGCCAAGGCUAUGCAAACUGGAUCGAAGGGUCUAGUCUUAAUUUGGGGUCAAGCCAAGGUCGAGCACAACUGACCGAAGGGCCUACCCUCAGUUUGGGGCUCUGGCCAAGGCCACACACACCAGACCGAAGGGCUUACCCUCAGUUGGGAGUUUAGGCCAAGGCCGAGCACACGUGAGCAAAAGGCCUUCCCUAGAUGAUUAAGGUCUCAAGCCAAUACCGUGCAAACUGAUCAAAGUGUCAACCUUUGGUUGGGAGUUAAAGCCAGGGCCAAGCACACUUAAUAGUAGGUAUUACCCUCGUUUGGGAGCUCGGGCCAAUGCCAAGCAAACCUGACCAAAGGGCCGACCCUCGGUUGGGGAGCUCAGGCCAAGGCCGAGCACACCUGACUAAAGGGCUUAACCUCGAUUGGGAGCUCAAGCUAAAGCCGAGCAUAGCUGACCAAAGGGCCUUGCCUCGUUUAGGGGAUGCGGCUAAAGACGAACACCCUUAUCAAAGGGUCUAGCCUUCCCUCUUUUUAUCUCCCCGCUCCCCUGCCCAGUGACGUUGUUCAACCGGAGUUUUGAAUUUUGAGAAUAUAGUCUCUCCCUUUUUCUCCUCCACUACUCAGGCCCUCCUAGAGCCUCUUCGCCUCGAUCCCCUGCAUGCACGCUAGCAAAUCUCUUCCCUCUUUUUAUCUCCCCGCUCCCCUGCAACUAACCGGUUGGGAGAGUUUUGAAUUCUGAGAAUUUAAUCUCUCCCGUUUCUCCUCCAUUGGUCAGCCCCUCCUAGAGCCCUUUAGCCUCGAUCCCCUGCGUCGAAGCCGCUUUGCCAACGGACUAGAUUAUUGACGUUCCUUAGCUUCGAGAUUUAAGAUUUAAGAUUUUUUUUAGGGAUUCUAUGUGGAAUAAAAUGAUCGAACAGGAUUAUUUCUUGUUUUUAGGGAUUUUAUUGACAUUCCUUAGCUUCGAGAUUCAAGAUGUUCUACUUCUAGUCUUGAUCUGAGACUGCAUUUUUUCUUGAUUUGGAUUCUUUAAAAGGAAAAUCUUUCAAGAUUUCAGAUUUUCUCCCUUUCUUUGCUUUCUAACUCGACUGGCGUUCCAACUCAACUCUCAAGUUUGUAUCUUCUUCUCUAAUAUAGAUAUGCGGGCAGGCGUGGGGCAUAUGUAGAGGCAGGACGGGGGAGAGAGAGAGAGGUAGAUGAAUUUGUGGAAGGGAGGGGGAGCCGGAGGAGACGGAGUGGAAGGGGAAAGGUAGGAGGACUGUGGAACGGCAGUGUUGGGCAACUUAUGUAAGACAAUGUUUACAAACGGAUGAGAUCCUUUCUCUUUCAUCUAACAGCCUAUAGAUGCUAGUAUACUUUAUGCCUGGGUAAUUCACUAGCAUGCCCAGCCUUAUAUAUAUAUAUAUAUAUAUAUCCUUGUCCCAUUCAGCUGUAUAAUUGUAUAUUGAUACUUUAUUAACCAGAUUUUAUUUGUUAAAUAGGGAACCAAUUCUGUUGAAGGCCUCAUCCUAAAUAUUUCUCAAAUUGAGGGCAUAUAUAUUACGAAUAAAGCAUUUGCAAAUAUGGAUAGACUAAGACUACUCCAACUCAAUAAUUUACACCUUAUGGUGGGGCAUGAACAACUCUUUUAAGGAGUUAAGAUGGCUUUGUCGGCAUGGAUUCCCUUUGAAUUCUAUACCUACCAAUUUUGAUCUGCAGAAUCUUGUUGUCCUUGACAUGCAAAAUAGCAAUAUUAAGGAAGUUUGGAAUAAAGCUAAGGUACUCAGAAGGUUGAAAAUCCUGAAUCUUAGCCAUUCGCAUUACCUUACAAAGUCUUCCAAAUUCUUAGGACUUCAUAGCCUUGAGAUGUUGAUCCUUGAAGGUUGUACCUGUCUGGUUGAAGUUCAUGAAUCCAUUGGUUAUCUUCACAAGCUUCUGCUUUUGAAUCUGAACAACUGCAAUAACCUUAGGAACCUUCCAAGCAGCAUUUUUUCUGCACCUUACCAACCGGCAUCGGUCAUCUUUUGCACCUUAUGAUUCUUGCUUUGGAUGAGUGCACAAAUCUACAACUACUACCAGAGCUUCCAUCAAGUUUAAUGACCAGAUUGCACAUCACUAGAAAGAUUGCCAGCAAAUAUUAGUACUGGUUCUUCUAAACUAAUCUUUCUUCUUUUGAGUGGAUGCAUAAAGCUGCAUGCACUCCCAGAGCUUCCGUCAAGUUUGGUAUGGUUAAAGAUUUCUGGUUGCACAUCUAUAGAGGAAAUACCAAAGCUUUGGAAGCUAAGUCAUUAGAAGGCUUACAGUUGAACUAUGACCACUUUCGUAAACUGCCAGAAGACAUAAGUUCCCAUACUAAGCUUCGUCGCCUAUUCUUGGAUGGAUGUACAAAGCCUCGGUCACUGCCAAAGCUUCCUUAGUGUAGACAGCUUGGUUUUAGAUGGUUGCACAUUAAUGGUGUUUAAGGAAGUUGAGUUCCAGAAGCCACCAAAGACCUCACAAUCUAUAUCAGCCAUCCACAUGGAUGAGUGCCAUCAUCUGGAGAACACUUUCAGGAAGAAGAGCCCUUUCCAGGGAUAUGAGAGGUUUGAAGUCUUUGGUCCUGGGAGUGAGAUUUCAGAGUGGAUGGCUUAUCAGAGUAUGGGUUCUUCAAUAUCUUUUGAGUUAUCUCCACUUUUGGGUUGUAAGUCCCAAGGGUUGGAUGCAUCUGCUGUUUUUGCUGUUAGGGAAAAAUAUGAAAAUAGGGGAUUAUAUGAGAGGUUUGAAGUCUUUGGUCCUGGGAGUGAGAUUCCAGAGUGCAUGGCUCAUCAGAGUAUGGAUUCUUCAAUAUCUUUUGAGGUAUCUCCACUUUUGGGUUGUAAGUCCCAAGGGUUGGAUGCAUCUGCUGUUUUUGCAGUCGAGGAAGAAGAUGAAAAUAGGGUUAGUUCAAUGCCUAUCAUUUUUAAUAAAACCACAGGUAUUAAAUGGGUAUGGCUAAAUGGAAGCUAUUAUACCCCAAGAUCACCAUAUCAAGAUCAAAUGUGGGUGUGCCAUAUACCAUUUCCUGACCUUUAUGUUCACCUUGGUGGUGAAGGUGAAUUUGAGGCUCGAGAAGGGGAUCAAUUGGAAUUCUCAAUAAAUUUUGACUUUGAGAAUUUUGAAGAAGCAAGAGUGCAGGUGAAGAAAUGUGGAGUCUUGAAGGUACACAAGCCAGAUGAGGAAACAAGAUUAGAUGAAGACCAAUCAAUGAUUCAAUACACUUCAGAUGAGGAACCCAUUCAUCUCUAUUUGGAGGCAUUUAAUGGAUAGUAGCAGUGUUUCUUUUUAUAUUAUGUACUUAUCAUUUUCUUUAUAGAUUAUAAUUUCCUUUUA